AUGGUGCCUGGGACGACGAGUUCGGUGGGUCAUUUGGUGGGGUUUUUGGAGGAGCCAGACGAGAUCGAUGCAUCGACGGACGAUGAGGAAGAGGAGGAGGAAGAGGGCGACGAGCGGGAGGGGGAAGGUUCGGAGAUUCACGUGGUCGGAGGCUCUGGCCGGGGGCGGGCGACGGGCGAGGCUGAGGAGCCAAGUGAUCCCGUGAAUGCACGGAGCCAAAAGGGCCUCAAGAUGGAGCGCAAGACAUCCAAGGCAGUCGAGGAUACCGAGCGGAUUGGCGGCCAGUUGGCCGGCCUCGAGACCGGCCAGAUCGCCGAGCAGGUCGAGAUCGAUGACGACGAAGAGGAGGAAGAGGAGGAGGACGGACAAGCACCCGCGGAACAAGCGCCCCAGAGCCAGACUGCCCCAGCCGUUCCGAUGGAUGAAGACGAGCAAGAAGAGGAGCCGGCGAUGGGCGGGCCGUACUCUCAACCUACGCUCUUGUCCACCACCCCGUCAAUCCUUCUUCCCGCCGGUCAACAACCAUCGGCUAUGACUGAUCUCGCUAUGUCCGACACCAUCCCCGGCCUCCACCUCGCAGCAGCCAAUCUCAGUCAGACGUCGUAUGCCCCCUCGCCGGACCAUCACGGCCCGAUCACCCACUCGAGUGCCCAAUCACUUCCGUCGAUCGUCUAUCCUGGUCAACCUGCCGAGUCUGCCCUCGACACAAACCAAGGCUUCCCGCCUGCCCCGUUGCCCACCACGCUUGGAGACCAGCCCGCCUUCAAUCACCCGAGUCAGCCAUCGGUCCAGGAUCCGGAUCCUUUGGAUGGCCACACCGGCCCAGUAACCGAUGCCCCAGCCCUGAACGUCCCUUCUGGCCCAGAAGAUCCGUCCCCGGCCGCCUCGACAACUUGA